UAUUAUUUUUAUUUCUUUCAAAAACCUUUUAUUUUUUUUUCCAACAAAAUUUCAUUGCUUUGUUUAAAAUGCCUCGCAAAAGUUUCAUUCCUCCCGUUGAUCCCUGGGAACGCAAAAAACUCACCGACAUUCACAAAAGAAACAUAAAAAACGCACGCAGUCUUAUUGAUCUAAAACCGCCCAAACUAUUUGCCUGCACUUACCUAAGAGUUCCCAAAUUAAAAGAUGAUUUUAUAGCCACCAAAAGGAUACUUAAGGAGAACAUUCAGCUCUUAACCAAACUCAACUAUAUACAAAGAAAUCACGGCUUCACCGAAAACAUUAAUAAAUGUGUCUCCAUCAAGUCCAGUCAUCUUAUCCGAUUGACUAAACGUUUGCAUGAAAUUGAAAAAGAUAAUUGUAAAUUGGGCAAGAGAAUAUUAAAAGCCAAGUCAUCGGUCGAUACUAGGAGAGGACUGGAGGAAUUAAGAGUCCAAAGAAAACAUAAUCAUACCAAAUCUAGCAUAUCACAGGCCACACUACAGGAAUACAGGGACGUUAUAAAUUUGCAAGAACCCAGCUUAAUAGGAAAGCUCUUGAGGCCAAAAGUCUUUAUAGACCUCUAUGUCAAAAAUGUAAGACCUCUAGGACGCAUAGUUAUACAACUAUACACAGAAGCUUGUCCUGAAUUUGUAUUGGAAUUUAUGCGUCUGUGUUCUUAUCGCAACUUGGACAUGUUGAAAGUUAUACGCAUAUUUCCUUUGCUAUGGUUGGAGGCAGAACUUUCUGUGCCAGAUGAUGUUCUUAGCUGUCCCGGUUUCAUGUAUAACAUGCACUGCUUAGAUCAUGGACAGGGUUCUGGUGUUCUAUCGUUUGCAAAAUCUUAUCUAAAUGGUUUUCCUCCUGGUCUAUUGAAUUUCUCUAUUAGCUUCAAGGCAUUGUCUGUAUUGAAUGGCGAGAGAGUGCCAUUUGGUGUCAUAUGCCAGGGCCUGAAGGUUUUGUAUUGUCUGCAGGACUAUGGCACGAAAAAUGGUAAAACUAAAAAGGAUAUUGUGAUUGCUAAUUGUGGUGUGAGUUAGUGAGAGUUAGAAGACAAUUGCUAUCUUUUAAAUUUUAAAUUUUGUUCAUGGAGUUUUGUAGUAGAGCUAUAAAGGACUUUAAAUAAUAAA